AUGGAAAGGAAGGUGAGUAGAGGUAAGCAAAAGAUUGAAAUGAAGUUGGUUGAAUCUAAAGAAGCACGCUAUGUUGCUUUUUCAAAAAGAAAAGCGAGCUUGUUCAAGAAAGCAGAUGAGCUUUCAACUUUGGCAGAAGCAGAUGUUGGUGUUCUUCUCUUUUCACCUAGUGGAAAGCCAUAUUCCUAUGGCUCCAUUAGUAUAGAAAAAAUAAUUGACAAAUUUCUCCAAUGGAAACUAGAUAAUCCCCAACUUGAUGUCGCAAAAUCAAAUGUCUUUCAGGCAUUUGAUAACAUAUGUGAAGAAUUACAAGUAGUGAACGAGGAGGAAGAAAGUCGAAAAAGAAGGUUUAAGAUCUUGUACCCUGAUUCAGAAAUACCGCCUGGUAAACACAGAUUGGAGCAGUUGGUAGCACUCAAGUUGCAGUGGGAUAACAUAAAAAAAGAAGCAAAAAGUUACAUUCUGGCCGAGCGAUCCAAAUUUGACUUGAAUGUUGUCCCCAAGCCAGAUGAGGGGGAGAGUUCUGGAACUCAUUAA